AUGGAGAGCCGUAUUGAACUAGUGGUGGGGUGCUAUGAGCAGAUACUGUUUGGGUUUCAAGUGCAGCCCCAGGAGGAGGUAAGUCAGAAAAUGCGUGCUAGCGAGUAUUAAAUGAGCUAAAUCCUUGCUUAAAGUGGCAUUAGGCUAUGACGUUUAGAACAUUAGGCAGGGUCCCUAUUUUAUAAUGUUACUUAUUUGUUCUCUGCUGGUGAAAUAUUUUAUGUGAAAUUUAACCCCUGGCUGCUUGCAAUUAUAGAGGUCUUCAGAAUUUAUUCCGCAGGAGGUCGCAAAUUUACUUACCCUGGUGCAGCAAAGCGUAAUUAGUAAGAGGAUCAUAACAAAUUACUAAAUUAUGUUCUCUGCAAAUAUUACUAAACAUCAGCCAGCCCCUUAGUAAACUAGAUGAGAUACUAUUGGAAUGUCUUCAAUACUCUCCUAUUAAACUUAAAUGUGAUAAUUGUAUUUAUUUAGUACCAGGAUUUUAUCAUAGCAGAAGCUCAGUCCAUGUUAUAGUGACAACAUUAUGAAUCUAAAAGGCAUGAACAUCAGCGGCAAUUCCAUGGAUUUAAAAGGCAUGAAGACUCUAACACCAAUAUUGUGAUAAUUAUUUUCUUUUUCAGAAAUGGCAAGCCACAGCAGAUUUUACCCAUCAUGCCCAUACUGCCUCACUGUCAGUAGUUGCUGCAAAUAACAGAUUUGUAGCAACUGGGAGCAAAGAUGAAACUAUUCAGAUUUAUGACAUGAAAAAGAAAGUGGAACACGGAGUCCUACUGCACCACAAUGGUAUUUAUCUGAAUUUUAUGAAGUCACAGCUGCUAAGCAAAAUCAUUUAACUGUGUAGAGUGUAAAAGUCGGUAAAAGUUUAUUUUAUUAUUUGCCGUUUCAGGUGUGAUUAAGUGGCACAAUAGGCAAAAUAACUAACUCCAAAUAAUAAAAUAUGCUAAAAUGCACUUUUACCCCCACAUUCUAGGUAAGACAAAUACUAUGUGAGUUAGUUAUUUUGCUUAAAUCACACCUGAACGAAACGGCAAAUAAUAAAAUACGCUAAAAUAGAAAAUGUACUUCAUACUCACCGAUGUUUUAUUUUCCCGGAUGUCUGCCGUGGCUGCAGUGCUGCCAUGGCAUACAUCCUGGAAAACUGAAAUAUCGGUGACUAUGAAGUAAAUGUUUUUUUUUUUUUUAUUUAGAAAUCUGAUGAGACUGGUAGCUCCCCUAAAAGGGGUAAAGAAACCAACCUCACAAAGAGUACCUCUAUAUUAAAUACAAUAUAGGGUAAAACAUCUUUAUUGAAAAAAGCACAAACUUUACAAAAAGAUGUUCAUAUAAGUGAUGUAAAGGAGUGUAGUGUAUAGAGCGUGAUGGUAGAGUGACUACUGAAUCUUUGUUCCAGGUGUAUAUUAUGGACUCCACAAGCUACACAUGUAGCAUGAAAACAGUAGAUUAGAAUAACACAAAGUAGCAAACUGCUUACAUUAUGUCCUCAAAGUGAAUAUAAAUACAUGCAGGGUUAAGCCUGCAUUAUGUAAAUAGAGAGAACAAGGAGAAAGCAGAUGGGCAGUUCAUAUAGACUGAAUAAUAGGUUACCUAUGGACCAGAGGUCUAGUUCAAUGUAUAGUAGAGGAGGGAACUCUGUUAAUAUAUGUUGGUAAAUAUGUAUAGUUAAUAAUAUAAUAUGGAUCACAGAGAAUCCUUGGUGGUAUAGAUAAAUAGGGGGAAGGGGAAAGGCCAUAAGUAAGGGGCUAUAAACAAAUCCUAGUAUAGAUUCAUAUAUAAUCUAAACCCUCCACCCUCCUAUUAUUUUGUGGCUAUUCCAAAAGUUUUGUAUUAUUAGUUCCGGCAAGUUUUUCUCUUUAUCUACCUUACGGAAACCAAUAUGAUUUGACCAUUCUCAUUGGCAUUGUAGGUAUACAGGAUUUCUUGCAGCUCCCCCUCCCCGUUUCUCCCUAUUACCUCCUUUUUAUGCUUCAUUACCUUCCCGUUUUUCCUGACUGAGCUCUAUAUCUAUUAACAAAAGAAAGGUGGGCACACCCGGUUAAAAGCCAUAAACACUGGAUAAAGAAAAUUAGUACAGAUAAGGGUGCUCGCUCCAAAAUCCCCAUUUCCUAAAGGCUACUAAUAUAAUCGUAUAAUACUGAAAGGAGGAGCACAACCAAUUAAAAUGCAAAAAACACUUUAUUGUACCGGGACACACAUAACCAGUAUCGGCAAGGACAUCUUAGAGUGUCAAUAUACCCAAUAUGCAAGCAAAAAUUCUGAUCUAAGUAAUAAACUGGGUGGUAUAACCACUAAUACAAAGAAACCAUAUUAUGAUACCUGUAUAAAAAUGUGAACCAAAAAAUACAUACCGAAAACAGACCCUAUCAAGGAACAUAAGAAGAGGGUGAAGCUCUAUAUCUAGGCACAAACAUAUGCAGGAUAAGUUAUCAGGCUAGCUCCACAGUAUCCCACUAUCCCGCUUAGGCUGAUAUCCAACUUUCACCAUUCUAACAUUAAGUAUCCAUUGAUAUUAACUCUAUAUACCAUUUGAGGCAGCCGAUCAGUGUUACAUAGACUUGUCGCACUCUGAGAUCCGUUUUAAUAUUAAUGGUGACAUCCAAACUAAUGUUCCUGGUCUAAUUUCAUGCAGGCUAUGUAGUUAUUAUACCUGUACCAGUUUAUUACGAUAAUACAUUGACGCUUUCUGUAUAUACCACUAGAGUUAGCCUAUCAGAGCCACAUAGACUAGUGGUAUGUCUUAAGAAUUCUUAGUGUUAAUAGGGACAUUCCUAGUUAGUGUAACUGGUUUAAAACCUAUCACUUUGUUCACCUUUUUGUACAUGAGCACUUAUUUAUAUUUUCUUAUUUUCAUUAGAUUUAAUAAAAUGUAUUUAUUUUAUUAUUAUCAAGUUCCUAGUCUGGCAGCUAUUUUGUAGAUAUCCGGUACUCGCAUUAGAGUAUAUCCUAUCCAUCCCAGUCCCUUACCGGUACACUUUCCUUGUUCUUUACUCUACCAUCACUCUCCAUUCACUACACAUCUUUACAUCACUCUUAUUUUAUAUCAACACCUUUUUGUAAAGUUUAUUUAUUUUAUUUUUUUGUUUGUUUUUUUACAAUAAAGAUUUUUUUUUUUUACCCUAUAUUGUAUUUCAUUUAGAGAUACUCUUUGUGAGGUUGGUUUCUCUACCCAUUUUAGGGGGGCUACCAGUCUAAUCAGUUUUCUACAUUUGUACUUAAGGGUUAAGUCCUAUCUACCUCUAUAACCCUUUCUAGAAAACACCUAUAAUUGGUCUUUUUUCCUAUCUUUAUGUGUAGUUUUCUCUUUGUACAUUUUAUUUUCCCGGAUAAAUCCAUGGCAGCACUACAUAUGGGUUAUACCCAAGCUAAGGAUGUAAGGGAGGUAAAGAAAACAAUCAACACUGAAAUAUGACGCCCAUAACACGUAUUUAUGUACAUAAUUACAAUGCCGCUAAUAGGACAGUUCUACUGAACUCAGAAGUAGAAGAUCUGGCAACAUCCAACCGAUAAUGGUGAAUAAAGGUGUAGAAUGAAGACCAGGCUGAACAAAUGCGGUGAGGAGGAAUAUUUGCUGAAGCUCCCCAUGAAGAAGCCAAUGACCUGGUGGAAUGGGCCCUGAGACCCGACAGGACCUGAACCCCAGAGGCCUCAUAUGCUUGAGAAAUUGCUGUGAUUAUCCUGCGACCAAUAGUUGCUGCAGAAGCCGCUGGUCCCAUAUGAUGAACAGAAGGAAUGAUAGAGGCUAGAUCAUUUUCUAAUGCCAGAAGUACUUGUCAGGUAAAUGGAAAUACAACUGACCAAGUCCAGACAUUGCCAUUUCAUUUCCUCUUCGGAUGAAAGAUGAGGGAAGAAUGCAGGUAAGACAAUAUCCUGGUUAAUUUGGAAAGAAGACCUGAACUUAGGAUGAAAGGUUGUAUUAGUCCGAAGAAUAACUAUCCUCUUGCAGUAUAAGGAAAAGAGAUUCACACGAAAGAGCCUGAAGCUCUGAAAUCUUUCUACCUGAUGUAAGAGCCACCAGAAUAACUGUUUUCACUGUUAAAGUCAAUAAGGCAGUAUGCUCUAGAGCAGGGCUAGGCAACAUUCGGCACCCCCCAUAAUGCUCUUACACCCAUCAUGCUGUCAAAGAAUCAUGGGAGGUGUAGUCCAAAACAUCUGGAGUGCCAAAGGUUGCCUAUGCCUGCUCUAGGGGCUCAAAUGGAGUACCAGACAAAGCUUACCAGAGGCAAGUCCCAGGGAGGAGAGCAAGAUCUUACCGGAGGACGCAAUUUCAGGAUUGCAUGAAAAUAUCUACAAAUAUCUGGCUCAAAAGCCAACCUUUUUGUCCAAGAGGAUGGAGAGAGCGAAGAUUUGCCCUUUAAGGGUGCUAAGACUAAGGCCUAUAUCAAAUCUUGCCUCAAGGAACUGAUGGAUGUUGCUUAUACCUGGAAGCUGAGAGAAAUUUCAUGAAUAUGACACCAGCCGCAGAAAAUACUCCAAAUAAGGUAAUAUGCCAAGGAUGUUGAUUUCUUUCUUGCUUUAAGCAAAGUAUCGACAACUGAUACUGAGAAGCCUUUCUUUGAGUCGUUGCCUAUCAACUUCAAAGUCUGGGGUGCAGGAUGAAAGACUGGACCUUGGAGGAAUAACUGGUGUUAAAAUUACAGAUCUAGAGGGAGAUCCUGGGAUAAUUUCUGAAGCAGAGGGAACCAUGGUCGUCUGGGCCAAUACGGAAUUAUUGCUAGAAUAAUCACAGGUUCUUGUUGGAUUCUCUUCAACAGAGGAAAAAUGAGGCGUUGGGGGAAACACAUACCCCAGAAGGAACUUCCACUUGCUUCCCUGACUGUCGCCAAAGGGUCGAAGAAACGUGAGCAGAACCUUCUCACCUUGCUGUUUUGAGAUGUUGCCAUCAAGUCUACUUGUGGAAGGCCCCAUUUCUGGACUAUGCACUUGAAUGCUUGGGAAGAGAGAGACAAUUCCGAUGGAUCUAUUCUCACUCUGCUCAGGUAAUCUGCCAAUAGGUUGUCCUUGCCAGGUAGAUAAACCGCCUUGAUGCCCUUUAGAUUAGUUUCUGCCCAAGUCAUAAGAGGGAGAAUAAUUGCCAUUAGAUCCCUGCUUUUCGUCCCUCCUUGGUGGUUGAGAUAGGCUACUGCUGAAGUAUUGGCUAUUACCUUUACCCAUUGAUAUCUCAGGGAUAGAAACCGGAGAAGUGCUUGGAAUACAGCUCGGAAUUCCAGGAUAUUCGAAGAUUGGUGUUUCCAUCUGCUUUUCCAUAAACCCUGGAGGUGUUGUGAACCCAAGUGUGCACCCCAACCUGACUGACAGGCAUCUGUGGUUAACAUCAUCCAAGGGAUUGAUCCCAGAGGAAAUCCUCGAUAAAUGUUUUGAUCGGUCAGCCACAUAACAGCUCUUUCUUGACUUUGUCUGAAAUAAGAAUAGGCUGACUCAGGUCCUUGUUCGAAUAUUGGUAUAGGGACUCUAUUUGAGGAGUUCUCAUGUGCCUCUGUGGUCAUCUCGUAAGCCCUUUUGUCAAUGAAAGACUCUGUAAGAGGCUCAUGACUUCUCUUGCUGGACCAGACUGAUGAAUCAGCUAGAGAAUUUUCAACCAGAGUCUUAGACCUCUUUCCAAGGAUAGUGAUGCCCUUGCAUCUAGGUAUACCAUUACCUGACAUGGAGAGAGCUGACUUCUUGAGGUUGACUAUCCAGCUGAACUUCUGAAGAAGGAAAAGAUCUCGAUGGAGAGUCAGUUGACAUUUUGUCAUUGGAGAGGACUAGAAUAUCCACCAGGUAAUAGAAAAUGGCUAGGAAAUUAGAAUCUUUGAGAAGGUUCUGGGAGCAGUGCUUAGGCGAAGGGAAGAGCCCGGAUUUGGUAAUGCUGCUGAUUUACUGUAAAUCUGAGGAGUUUCUGGUGAGGAAUGGUGCUCGGUACAUGAAAGUAGGCAUCCUGAAGAUCUAUGGAGAUCAUCCAAUCCUAUGGAGAGAUCACCUUGAUGAUGGAACUGAUGGAUUCCAUUUUGAAUUUUUUUGACAAACCAUCCUUUCUUGAGAUUGUGAAAGUCUAAAAUUGGCCUCCAUUACCCAGAUGCUUUCGGAGUUAGAAAAAGCCUUGAGUAAUACCCCAGUCUUUCUUUUCUCCUAAAGGAACUUGACAAAUGACUAUAUCUGCUGGGAGAGAAGCCACAAAUGAAUGGAGCGCUUUUGCCUGUACUGGAUCUUGAGGCAUUCUGGUUUGCAAGAAUCGAGGGAAAGGAAUGGAGAAUUCCAGGAAAUAUCCCGUACUUACAAUUUUUAAGCCCCAUUUGUCUGGAACAUUGUUAGCCCAGAUCUCCGAGAAGUCCAGAAGUCUUGCUCCUGCUCCCCCGGGGCUGGUCUGGCGCCCCAUCAGAAUUGGUUAGGUUGCCUGGUACUCCCAUUUUUUGGAGGAGGAGAAACCACCCUUCCAUGAUUGGAAUCUGGAAAAUUCUUUCCCUGGUCUGUACCUUCUAUGAUCCUUAUCACGAAAGCAGCGUCUGUCUUAUAGAAAAUAUCUUCUUUUUUUGCCUUCUAUCUUGAGGAAGAACAGCUUUCCGCUCUUCCACUGCCCUUUUGAUGCAUUCAUCCAAAUGUUUUCCAAACAGCAUAUACCUUUGAUGGGGAAGGGCACAUAAGCUAUUCUUAGAAGCGGACUCAGCUUCUAAGAAUAGCUUCUGUGCCCUUACCCAUCAAGUGGAUAUGCUGUUUGGACAUCUGAAUUUACAUCUGAUGCUUGUAUUGAUUGAGUCCCUGUCUAGCUUGGUCUUGUCGGUAGCCUCAUGACGAGCAUUGUGACAAGCUCAGAAAUUUCUGAGCUCGUCAUGAGGCUACUGACAAUACCAAGCUAGACAGGGACUCAAUCAAUACAAGCAUCAGAUGUAAAUUCAGUGGCCAUUCUGAAGUUCUUUAAAGGAUCCAAAAUUCUAUAUCGGCUGACCCCAUGGGAAAUAUCCUCCUCGAGGUCUUCUAACCACUACCUUAGGGCCCUAGAGACAGAUGUCAAGUCCUCAUCAGGACAAAGGCCAGAACCAGAGGAAAUAUAGGCUUUACACAAGUUGGAAUCCAUUCUUCUAUCCAUUGGAUCUCUAAAUGAUCCUCCAUCAUCAAUUGGUAAGGUGGUCGUCUUGGCCAGACGAAUAAUGGCUGCAUCAACUUUGGGAGCCGAGUCCCAUGGAGCACAAUCAGGAGGCUUAAAUGUAUAGUUUAGAAAGCCGGCCUUGCAAGGAGACUUUUUUUUUUUUUUUUUCUCAGUCUUCCUCCAUUCCUCAGAUCCUCAAUAGUUUUGUAAAAUGGAAAAGUCAGGUUCUGUUUCCUCAAGUCUUCAAAAUGUUUGCUAGAGGCCGGUUGCUCUUCUUUCUUAUCCUUCAAAUCAAGUAUGUUCUGAACUGCCUAAAGAGUAGAGAUGUCGCGAACUGUCCGCCGGCGAACAAUAGCGUCUUCGCGUUGGGCGAACAUAUGCGAUUUCCGGUCUGCCCCUUAUUCGUCAUCAUUGAGUACACUUUGACCCGGAACCUCACAGUCAGCAGACACAUUCCAGCCAAUCAGCAGCAGACCCUCCCUCCCUCCCAGGAAGUGUCUGCUGACUGUGAGGUUCCGGGUCAAAGUGUACUCAAUGAUGACGAAUAGGGGGCGGACCGGAAAUCGCAUAUGUUCGUCCAACGCGAACACGCUAUUGUUCGCCGGCGGACAGUUCGACAUCUCUACUUAAGAGCUUCAAUUUUCUUACUAUCCAUGAAAGCUGGAUUAGAAGGCAUAUCUUCCUCUGAAGAUGAAAAUUCCUCCGUACCAUAUACUGGAGGCAUUCCCUCGUCUAAACUUCAAUCUGGGUUCAAUUCAGGACUGAAAGAUCUUUUUCUAUUUUUUUCUGCUUGUUGUAGACCCUCCGUAACAGCUUGAUGGAUAUAGGCUAAAACAUCAGGAGCCGAUUCUUUAUGACCUGCCGCUGCAUUUAAACAGGAUAUGCAGUGGAAUAGCCUUAUCACAUGCUUCACAUAAAGGAGUCUUGCCCUUCCUUUUCUUGAAGUAGGAUCUAUGAGCAGAACUGAGAAUCCAUAUUGGGAUAGGAGGAAUGCGCACUCUUAAAUAUUUAACUGUAUGAAUAUAAAUAGAAAAUAAAAUACCAGUGACUUACUUAGAGAAUGCAACCUAUUUGUAGAUGAGUGGCCUGGGGACUCCAUGAGAUUGGGCAGCUAGAAAAUAAAUAAUAUUUCUAGCUUAAAAAAGCAAAAAAAAAGCCUCUAUCCAAACUUCAACAAUAUAAGUGGAUUAAAAGAGAAACCAAAGGAAAGGAAAUCAACUGACCUGCAGCAGAAAGAAAAUGAAGACCAUACCUAACCACUAUCUAUUGACAAAAGCCAAGUAUUUUUGCCAGGAACCUGUGGAGAUUAGGACCGCAAAAAAUAGAGCCGGAACGACGUCACUUCCGGCGUUAUUGCGUUCCACCAAGUACUUGUGGAACUGGUAGAAACAGAAAUGACGCGCUACCUUCUGCGCAUGCAAGUCAUUACGCACGGGUUCUGGUGUGCGUUCCAGCUUGCGUUUAACCACUGGGACGCAUACACAAACCCCCAACCACACAGCAACUAGGUAAAGAAAGGUGAGAGGUCACACAGGGAGAAUCUUAAUAAGCCUGCAACUUUACAUGAGAUAGUAAAGAUGAUCCCCAGACCAGCCUUCAUUGCUUCAUCCCCUAAGGGACCAAUACCUGGCUUUACAUGGGCCAUGACAUGUCCAGGUAGGUGUACCCGUGUAGGGAAUUGCCGCCUGUAAAGAGAGAGCCAAGAACCCAAAUAUCCAAGACUUAUCAGGUGUACCCAUAGAAGGGACAUUACCACCGUAGUACGCCUGGCACAUCAAGCUCCUACCUAUAUGGUUACUGCAGCAUAUGCUCCCCGGUCGCUAAGGGAAGACUCCCCCCAGGGGGUCGCCCUUGGUUAGGCGCCUUAUCCUGAGGCUUCCAAGGGAUGAGAGGCUGAACUUCCCAAGGAAUUGGGGUAUGGAUGACCCAUGUAAGUCACAAAAGAGGUGCAAAGCAUCCUGUGUCCAAAGUGAAGUGGACAGGAAAAAAGACUGAGGCGUAGGAGGAGGAGUCUCUCGUUUUAAUUAGGUGUUCCUGUCCAGUGUGGAAGGGGGCAGAGCUAUACCAUGUGUAGUGCUGCCAAUACACUUUUACCAAAAGGUCUUAACUAGUAUACUCAUACAGUGCAUACUUUGCACUUCAUUGCAGAUUUUGUUCAUAAAAAUAAUUGGCCUUUGUGAUAUUUUGAGCACUCAAUGUUAGUAAUGUCUGUGAAGAGCUAUGGACACAUGAGGGACCCAGUGUCAAAUGGUUAAAAGAUGGUUUGACUCUUAACACAGGAACUGCACCAGAUGUCUCCUGACACCAUAACUAUUUCAAAAUUUUAUAGUGGUUAUGGUGCUGACACUGCCUCUUUAAAGGAACACUAUAGUCACCCUGGCCACUUCAUCUUAAUGAAGUCGUCUGGGUGCUAUGGACUGUCCUUUUAACACCACAAUGUGUAACAUUGCUGUUUUUUUUGUUUUGUUUUUCUGCAAUAUUUAUAUUGCAUGGUUCUAUACUCCCCUCGUGGCUGUCAAGCUUAUGGCCUCUAGGGGUGCUUCUGCUGCAUAUGAGAUGGAAGCCUGAAGGAAAGCUUUGAAUCACUACUUUCCUAUGGGGGAAGCCUGAAUGCACACAGUACUCGUCGUGCAUGCACAUUAGGUCCCCAAUGUUUCUUUUUGAGUAGCAUUAGAUUGGAUUAUCACAGAGGAGGCUAUGCCUUUUUAAUGAUGUUGCGGGAGGCAGAAAGUUGAGCAGUGCAAGGGGCUUCUUGGUGCUAGAAAGAUGGUAAGUAAAACUUUUAUCAUUUAUUUAAUAUAAAAAAUUUUUUGCAAAUGGGGGAGGCACCUGUAUAGAUCUAGGGACAGAGACAGGUUUGUUUCCUAAAGCUAUAGUUUUUUUUAAAUAAAUAGUGCCUAUAGUAGAGUUAGAGUGAAAGACCCAGAAAAUAAAUCUAAAAAUUAAAUAUCUGUUAUAUUGUUUUUGCUUCCCAAGCAUUACCAAACCUCAAUAAGCAAGCCAGUAACCAACCUCAUGCUGAUUAUUUGCAUUAACAAUGAAACAGCUGUCCAUGAAUGGUUCACUGGCUUUGCAUCUUUUCCUAAGUUGUGUUUCAAAGCUGUUGUAUACAGCAACCUCAAACUCAAAGGAAUCCAUGUUUAAAAUGGAAUGAGGCAAAAAUGUGAUUAUUUGUUAAACUAAAUUACAUAUGCCCACUCAGAAUCCUUUGCAGUAGUAACAUCACUGCAGAUUUGUGAUUUGUGUGGGAAAAGCAAGAUAGAUAUAUAGAUAGAUGUGUCUCCCUCUCCUCCCCUCUCCAUAUAUAUAUAUAAAAUCAGGCAAGUAUAGGAAAAGGUAGUUAACUGUUUGAUUUGUGAAUUAAAGGUGUGUGUGGCUUUUAUUGACUACUUGCUGUUAAAAGGUAUUUGUAGUUAAUGUUUUAGAAUAUUGUUUAAUCUUUUUUUGUGUAAUAUAAUUUUCUAGCCCUAAUUGCUCACUUUUAAAAUUUGUAUCAUCAGGUACAAUCACAUGCUUAGAAUUUUAUGGUAACACACACCUUCUCAGUGGGGCUGAAGAUGGAUUGAUUUGUGUAUGGAAUACUAAGAAAUGGGAAUGCCAGAAAACCUUCAAAGCUCACACGUGAGUUGGACUCUGUUUAGUGUUUGUUCUGAGAUUUGAAAUGGGAUAUGUCAUUAAAAGAACAAAGAACCAAAACAUUUUAAACACCAUAACCACUACAGCUUUAAUCUGGCCUUUUACCUGUAGUAUGCCAGGCUAUGCCCCCACUUCCACUAUUUAAUGUGGAGAGUCAGAAGCUCUUGAGCGGGGUUUGUUCAUUGUCUGAGAGUGUUAACUGAUCAGUCUCAUAAACUGUGCUAAGCUCUGGGCUUACUCCAGACAGUACCAUAUCCACUUCUUCUGGGGGGGAAGGAAAGAAUGCUAUGGGGCAGGGGGAAGGAAAAAAACGCUACGGGGGGAGAGAGGGGAACAUUAAGGUAGGGCACUAUGGUACAGGGAAAAGGAACACUUGGUUGAGGGUCGGGGGGAGGAGGGGGGCAAAAAGAGAAGGGAAAGGAAUAUUUAGGGGGAGGGGGGGAGUUCCUACCGCACAUAUUUACACACAAACACACUGCAUCCACUACACAAGCACACACUACAUUUACUAAUCAAAUACUCUCAAUCCAUCCACUACACACACACACACACACACACACACACACACACAUUCUUGAAAACAUAAAAAAAAAUCUGACUGGCAUGUAUAUUUUGUGCAUUUACCACUAAAUAAAAAAACAAUUAGCAAAAAAUGUUUUUUUCUCAAAACGGUAAAUGUACAGAAUAUCUGUAAACUAUCCACCUGAAAGUUUGCAGAUUAUUGGUAUCUGCUCUAAAGAAUCAAUAUCGGUCGAUCCCUAACAUGGAGAACUGUUAUGUACACAAAGUAAAUAGACUGCCCAUUUCAGAAAACACUGGUUUUUGGUUUGAGAAGGAAAACUGAUCAAAUUAACUUCCAUUCUAGCACCAUGGACAAGUUCUCCUCUGCUGGUGUCUUGCAACCUCACUUGUGGAAGCUGGAUGCCAGGGAGGGCAGGCUGAGAGGUGGACAUGGGUAGCAUGGAGGAUAUGGGUGCUACAAUUUAUGUCUAUUGCUGUGUGUGCUGACUAAAGACACAAAACAUGCACAGAACUGAUACUUGGUUCCGGUCUGGCUAAUGUCAGUUCUGUGCAUGUGCUUAAGGAGGAGUUACAUUUCCGGUUGCAGCAGGGUCAAGUUACUGAAGUGGUCGUGGUGCUUGAACUAUAUGUUACAGCUCAUGAGUACUGAAAGCAGCUGUUAAGGAAAGUGAUACCCACAGUUGAACGUUUGGUUUCUUGCUGCCUAUUUGGUUUGUCACAAUUUACAUAUUUUAUAUAUACUGAAACUUUCCUGAAAUUCUUAAAAAUAGAAAACCUAUAUUUCAAUGUCCAAAGAAAAAUGCUAUCAAGUCAACACUGAAGAAUCUUCUUAUAAAGAAGGAAGCUUGCUUGCUUUAGAUAUUUGAUUAUAAGGUAUGGGAUUAUAUAGGCAGGAUUUAACAAAAACAAAACACACUCUGGGCACCAUAGCAAUUUCAUUGAAAUUAUGUUGUAGUGGUGCCAGGAGGUACCUUGUACUGGUUCAUCUUAAGGUCUUAAAUGGUUUAACUCACAAGUUUUUGUUCCAGCUCUGAAUCCCACUGCUUUCUGAUCUUCUUCUGUUUUCUAAAAAUCUCUAAACAGGAAGACUUUUGCAGAAUCUGGCAGCGGCUCUCAACCAAUCAGCAGUUGACAGACGCUAAUUCAGCCUGUUAGAAUAGUCUACAAUUUAAAGAAAAUCACUCUGUAUAAAACAAGAGCUCACAUGAGGUUUCUCACGCACACCCUAUUAGCAUAUAACAGAAAAUAAUUAUACAUAUUAACCAAUAUGAACUAAAUAAUAUGAACCAUUUAAUAUAAAUUAUGAACAUACAACCUCUUAGGAUAUAGAUAAUCUAAAAAAGAAAAAACACAAAAUAGUGUAGCACAGUUUUACGUAUAAGCACGGGGGAGGGGAGGUAGAGCACUCUCAAGAUGUCAGUGAAUAGAAGGCACAUCUCUCCUCACUCAAAUUUGAAUUGGUUACAAUAGUGCUUUAGUAGUAACAUUUCUGAUAAUGAAGAGAUAAUAGUACAGUAUAGUUUGUAUAAAUUUUAAUUUAGUAAAUAAUUGCACUUACACACAGAAAAGAUGGGCAUGUCUCCACAAUAAGUGACCUCAGGAACUGAAGAAUCUUAUAUAGUUCCACCAAGGAAAAUAACAGCAAACCUGAAAAGCACUAAUAUAAAAGUCCAACAUCCAGCUCAUUUCGUCCCUCUCCGGGGGACCUCUUCAGUGAGAGGGAGGAAACGUGUUGGGUGUUGGACUUUGUUAGAUCUUUCUAUUUUUUAGUGAUUUUCAUGUUUGCUGCUAUUUUCCUUGGUGGAACUAUAUAAGAUUCUUCAGUUCCUGAGGUCACUUAUUGUGGAGACCUGCCCAGCUUUUCUAUGUGUCUGUAAGUGCAAUAAUUUACUAAAUUAAAAUUUGUUCAAACUAUACUGUACUAUCUAUUAUCUCUUUAUUACCAGAAAUGUUACUACUAAUACUACUAAAGUACAAUUGGAACCAGACUUCAAAUUUGAGUGAUAAACCUGAGGAGAGACAUGCCUACUAUUCAUUAGACAUCUUGUGAGUGCUCUACCUCCCCUCCCCCCCUCCGCUUAUACAUAACUGUGUUUUUGUGCUUUUUUUUUUUUUUUUUAGAUUAUCUAUAUCCUAAGAGGUUGUAUAUUUUAUAUGGUGUGUGUGUGUGUGUGUGUGUAUGUAUAUAUAUAUAUAUAUAUAUAUAUAUAUAUAUAUAUAUAUAUAUAUAUAUAUAUAUAUAUAUAUAUAUAUAUAUAUAUAUAUAUAUAUAUAUAUAUAAAUUAUAUAAUUUUCUAUGCUAGAAUAGCCUGCCUAGUUUUGUUCGAUAGGUUUAUCAGAAAAUAUUACAAUUUCAAAUGCAUAUGAUUUUUGAAUGAAAUAACUGCCUUCUCAUUGAAAUGAAGAAAUUCUGAUUUCAAAUUAUGAAAAUAUUGAUUUAUUUUUCCUAAAUUUCUGCAGGGGACAGGUCUCUUCUCUUUCCAUCCAUCCUUCUGGGAAACUGGCCUUAUCUGUGGGAACAGAUAAAACCUUAAGGUAAGUAUCAACCUUAGGAGACUUGGAAAGGUUUGGAUUUUGCAACAGAUGAGCACCAAAACAACUUUAGCUUCAUAAAGCAGUUUUGGUGUAUAGCUCAUGCCAAAGCGGUCUCACUGCUCAAUUCUCUGCCAUUUAGGAGUUAAAUCACUUUUGUUUCUGUUUAUGCAAACCUAGCCACACCAAAACUGGCUGUGACUCACAGCCUCCAUGUGCCUUAUUUAGAAAUGGUAUCACCUACUGUGUUAAUUGAAUCUUUACUAACACACAAGGGACUGUAACAGGCAAUUAACAGUACACCCUAUGUAAUUAGCUAAACAAAGUAAUGCAACUUCUAAAUGGCAGAUAAUUGAGCAGUGAGGCUUCAGCAGCAUGACCUAUACACCAAAGCUUGUGUUUAACCCCUUAGUGACCAGACCAUUUUUGGGGGGGUUUUCCCUUCAAUUUUCUUACCGUUAAGGUCCAGGGCUCUUUUUACAUUUCUGCUGUGUUUUUGUUUAGCUGUAAUUGUCCUCUUACUCCUUUACUUUAGUGGAUGGGUGGAGUGAGUGAUAAUAAAUAAGUGCAGGCAAGCAUCUGUCUAAAGGUUACUCUUAACCUUCUAAAACAUAAAGACACAAUGUAAAGAAAAUAAUGGCACCACAGUCACUAUAUUUACCAGCUUUGUAGUCCGUAUUCUCAACAAAGGAAAGAGCGAAAAAACAAUUAGUAAAACAAUGUACAGUUUAUUAGAACAUGAAAAUUAAAACAUAUAUAUUAAGCAGCAGCACAAAAAUGUGCAACAAUCACAAUACAAAGCCUACAUAGGCAUAAAACCCUUUAGAUAGCAGCUCACAGCAAAAGAUCUUCACAGCACAGAGAUCAUGGCACAAAUGGAUAAAGUGCAAAAGUGCAAGAUAGUUCAAGUAAAGGAUAGUGAAUAAAGUGCUUUGAUUGCUGCUUGAAUGACAGCUAGCAUCAACUUCCUUUACAGCACACAAUAGCUCAACUGAAAAGUGCAAAUAAUAAAAGUAAAGGUGCUUCACAAUCUGCUUAUACCAAGUGACAGGGUAUACUUGAUAGAGCUCUACGUGUUUCGUCGAUCUGACUUCCUCAGGAGCUUCUGUAUUCUCUUCCCUUUUUUAAAUCCGCCGGUCCGUGCCUCUUAUCUGGUGAUCGCAUCAUACGUCAUGACGCCUGGGCGGCCACAUCAUGCAUGCGCAACCAUCCUGGAACGCAAAACUAACUUUAUUGGCUUUUUUGCCAGUUAUAUGGUAGCACUUUGCUAUUUCCAAACCAUUUUACCAUUACCAUUUUACCAUUUUUGUUCAAACUUAACAAAAGGUACAUUGUAGCAUUAAUAUCUGUCGGGAAUCCCUGAAUAACUCUUCACAUGUUUAUAUUUUUUUUAAAAGACAUGCUAAAGUAUUAAACUUGGGGUAUUUUGACUGUUUUCAUGCAAUCCUUUUACCACCAAUCUAUGCCAAAUUAAAAAAAUAAAUAUGAUUUUUUUGACACACAUAGCAAUUUAAGAAUACAUGUACUGAGAACUUUAAGGGUUACUGCCAAAGAACAACCCAAUAUGUGUUCAGCAACAUCUCCUGAGUACAGUGAUACCACCCAUGUAUGGGUGUGUCGGGUUCUCUGGGGGCUAAAAUACCUUAUUUGGAAGGUGCGCAUUUCAGUUUUCCAACUUGGCAUUUUCCCGGCUGGUCACCAUGCCCCCAUGUCCUAUUUGGAACAUUUUUGAAGCCAGUCAAUGUAAUUUACCUCCGUCAAACUAUUUUUUUUUGAAAAGUAGACAACCUAGGGUAUUUAAAAUGGUGGUAGUUUAACACUUUGCAUGCACUAAUUCUACCACCAGUCUUCUGUCAACCUUUUGGGUAGUCAUUUUUAUUUUGUUAUUUUUCAAACACAUUGUACUUUAGGCAUGGAUUCUCAUCUCCUGUUCUGUAUUAGUACCAAAGAACACCCCAAUAUGUGUUCAGCAAUAUCUCCUGAGUACAGUGAUACUACCUAUGCAUAUGUUUGUUGGGUUGUUUGGAGGGGUGCAAUGCAAAACCUUUGACAUGUGUUUUUCACAUUUUACAUAUCUUUGCCUAUCUUCUUUUUGGGGGCCUUUUUACACAACCAACCCAAUUUAUUUUCUUGCCAUGAACGUGCAUAUAUUUGAAAUGUAGACACCCCAAGGUAUUGCAUAUGAAGUGUUUUGAUGCCUUUGAUGCAACCGUUUUAGCCAAAAAAAUUGGAGAAAAUGUGUGGUGGUAAUUUGUCAAUUUUCAUUUUUACACACACAUUGCUUUUUUGACUGUGAUUUAGGGAAACUGUUGUCAGUUAAUGCAAGAAAACACUCCAGGUUGUUUACUGCAAGACCUCCUGAGUACACUCUUGAAUAGGUUGAACUUGAUCAUAAAAAUAGUCUGGCACAGUAAAAGUAAAAAAAACACUCAGGAACAGUAAACAUAACCAAAACAACCCCAAAACUGAAGGCAAAUGUAAAAUGUUUUUUUUAAAAUGAACCAGUGUGUGAUAUCGCUUGAAGCAGUCCCCGAUGCAGAGUCCAGGCUGCCCAGGUAAAUCAGGACAGUUAAAGACUGUGUCUUGCCCCCUCUUGAAACAGACUCUGCAUUUUCUUUCAGGAUUUUGCUUGCCGCAGUAGGAGGGAUAUAUAAAAUAAGAUGUAUAGCCCCAACUCUGCUUUCUCCCAUCACCACCCGGGAAACAGGUGCACCAUGGUACAAAAUCUCCGAAAUGAUCUGGAGUUGAAACUGUAAAAAAGUCAGUUGCAUUCCGGGGUGUUUUUUUUUUUGCACAAGGAAGCAUUGUUAAUUGCAAUCUGCAUUAAGUAGAUUGCAACCUUUUUGUACCAGGCCCUUGUUUUCCAUAUAAUUAGGUAGGGCUGCAGCAGCUGAUCUGCCAGAUCAACCCCACCCAUAUGCCGGUUAUAGGCCUUGAUGCACUGUGGCUUCCUUGUGCUCUCAGCUCUGCCACGUACAGAGAGUCCUCUCAGUGUGGAUGGUGGUAAGAACCUUCUUGUCUCUGCACUUAACUGCCAACAGCUCCUCUUGGCGCAGAGCUGACGUAUCCUCCCUUCGUAGCAGAGUGCGUGCAAGUUGUCCUGGGAAACCUGUGCAGGUGGUAUGGUGGUAAGAAGGUACACAUCCUACUUGUCUCUGUACUUAACUGCCAACAGCUCCUCUUGGUGCAGAGCUGAGGUCUCCCCCCUUCAUAGCCAAGUGCGUGCAAGUUGUCCUGGGAAACCUGCACAGACACAGUACCGCAAGAUACUUUGUCAGAACAAUACAACAGCUUGAACAAAGGGACACUUGGAUAAAAAUUGUCUGUGUACAAGUGGUACCCUUUGUUCAUUAGGGGGAAUAUCAGGUCCCAGACAAUCUUGCCACUGGUUUCCAUAUGUUCUGGGCAACAUGGAGGGUCAAGGUGGCUAUCCUUUCCCUCGUACACCCGGGAGGCCUGAGUAUACCCAGUCUUGCUCUCGGAGAUAAUACACCUUUACACCAUACCUAGAGCGCUUGGAAGGAAUAUACUGCUUGAAUCCCAACCUUCUCUUAUCCUUCAUCAGGGUUUCAUACACGCAUAAAUACCUUCCAGGUGUAUAAGCCUCUGCAAACCUGGCAGCGAAGUGGGUAAUCAGGGGGUGGAUUUUAUACAGCCUGUCACACUGGUGGUGCUCCCUAGGAAGGCACAGGCUGUUGUCACUGAAGUGUAUGAAAUGUAGAAUCAUUUCAUACCUCUUCCUUGACAUACAUUGGGAGUAAAUGGGGGAAGAGCAGAUGGUGGGCUUCUUUAUGAUGCCCAUUCGCAUAGCCAAUGCCCAGAAUUUUUAAAAUUCUGGCACAUCGAUGGGGGUCCAUUGCUGCUUGGCCAAAAAAGACUCUGGCUUUGCAGCACGGAACUGAUGGACAUAUUAGUUUGGGCGACAAUGUUCUCCAAUACAUCAUCGCCCAGAAACACCUCCGUUAACUCUUGGGGGCUAAAUCCUGCGACAUCCACAUUGAUGCCAGGAUUUGCGGUGAAGGGUGGGAUAUCUAGCCUCUGGCGAUGAGGCGCUACCCACUCCUCAGCAGCACUGCCAGCUGGAGAAGCUCCUCUCCUUCUGGCAGGGGGACUAGCAGCCACAGAUGCAUCAUAACUAGAUACAUCACUAACAGCAGACACUGUAUCUAGUGAUGUAUCUGAGCACCGGUCAGAGUCUGACCUACACGUCAGACUCUAACGCAAGUAUGUCAUACGCCUCCUCAGCGCUAUACAACCUCUGUGACAUGAUCACAAUAACUUUAUUUAGUGAUCUGCCACAAAAAAAAUCACUUAAAAAUGAACCCCUAAAAAAAAAAAAAUGCACAGACCGCAAAAUAAGUGCUGCUGUGCAAGAGUCAGUGAUCUAUACAGUGAUUGAUCACUGGCAGGAUAAGGGUUAAUAGCUCUGAAGAGAGCUUUUGGGUGUAUCAAGAAAAAUGAACCCCUAAAAAAUGCACAGACCGCAAAAGAGUACUAAUGUGCAAGAGCCAAUGAUCUCCAGUAUAGUGAUCACUGGCAAGAUAGGGGUUAAUGGUUCUUAAAAGAGCCUUUGAGUCUCAUAAUUUUACAAAUCGCUACCUAAAACUACCUAAAUCUCCCUACCUACACAAGUGAAGAGAGGGAGGGAGGUCCACACUGAUCAGAGUCAAUAUUUAAUAUUGACCUGAUAAGACAAAUGGGGAUCAUAGUUAUAAUAAACAUUGUUAUAGGGGCAAGCUCUGAUUGGAUGACCUAGGCACACCACAAGGAGCCUAAUGAUACACUGUAGAAAGGCAGCGCCAUAUUGGAAGCCAAAUGGCUGUGGGAGGGAGGGGGGGGCUGGGAAUAAUACUUUUUUUUUUUUUUUUUAAAUGAAUUAUUUUAUUUAAUUUAUUCUUCACUCGGCACACAGGCAGAGCAUCCGAAGCCUGCCCGAUGGCUUCCGAUGCUCUGCUACACUGCCGGGUGCCACAUGGGGCAACCCGGGAGCGAUCAUCCGGCGGCUCGGCAAUCAGGAGAUUUAUUGCAGGAUGCCGAGGCAUCGCUGCAAUACCAUUAGAGCGACUGGAAGCGAUCACAAUCUCUUCCAGCGCUCACAUUUGCCGCGGACAUAUCGGGUUUUUUGUUUUUUUUGUCAGACGUACCUGAUAUGUCUGCGGUCACCAAGGGGUUAAGCUAAAGUUAUUUUGGUGCUUAGUGUGUCCCUUUUAAAUUAAACCAUUUACUUUCUGGUGCUUCUGUUGGCCCCCCUGCGCUAAACUCAUAAGCUAAGCCAUUGCACUUCCUUGUUAGCUCAGUGCAAAUACUCUAAUAGAAGAAGUGACUAACAACCAUUAGUAAUUGGUUUGACCACUUACAUUGGGGGCACUCUUGGCACCAAUAUUUAUUGUGCAGAAUUCUUGAAUUCUUUAAUUUGGCCUGGAGAAGGCAGCAGUACUACCACUACAUCAGCUGCACAUUUUCAGGGAAAUCCUUCCCCUAUCCAGUUCAGUUUUUUUCCUUUUUAUCUUCACGGGACCUAAUAUUUUCAAGGGUCUUUUAUAUUUGUGUUUAACCCUUUAAGCACUAAACUUCUGGAAUAAAAGGGAAUCAUGACAUGUCACACAUGUUGUGUCCUUAAGGGGUUAAAUAUCUGAAUUGUAUAUUGCUAUUGUGGAAAUAUUACUUCACAUUGACAAUAGGUGAGUAAAAGACCAGGCCUCUGGGAUCUCUAGCUUUGGUCAAGCACCUCAAACUGUUUGACCAAAACCUGGGAGAAAGGGCCUGCAGCCUAAUGGCACCAUAAGCACUGCAUUCACAUGUAGUGGUUAUGGUGCUUGGACUACUAAUUUAAGGACAGUGGAUUUAUUUGGCACACUUGCCUUUUUCAGAACACUCCUAUAAAGAUAUUACUCAUGUUAGUUUGCUUAAAGGACCACUAUAGUGCCCUGAGGGUGCCCCCAACCAUAGGGUCCCACUCCCGCUGCGCUGAAGGGGGAUGGAGGGGGUUAAUCCCUUACCUUUUUUCCAGCAUUGGGCUCCAUUUGUGCUAGGACUCUCCACCCUGUUCUGAUGUCAUCGGCUGAAUGCGCAUGCAUUCUCAAUGCUUUCCUAUGGACGCUGGCGUCUUCUCACUGUGAAAAUCAGUGAGAAGCGCCUCUAGCGGCUGUCAAUGAGAGAGCCACUAGAGGCUGGAUUAACCCAUAGGUAAACAUAGCAGUUUCUCUGAAACUAUGUUUACAGCAGGCAGGGUUAAUCCUAGAUGGAUUUGGCACCCAGAUCAUUUCAUUGAGCUGAAGUGGUCUGGUUGCCUAUAGUGGUCCUUUAAGCCAUUUGAUCUGUUCAAAAAAAAGUUAAAGGGCAACUAAACACCAAAUCCACUUUAGAUUGGACUAACAGCCAUCAAGAUUUACCAUCAGUAUUUAGUGUUCCUUUGAACAGCUUUGUCUCCUCUUCUGUGGUGUGACAAACAAGUCUAACUAGAUUGACUCUAAAUAAAUGUCUGUCUCCAGACACCUGUCCUGUCCAUUUGAUCUUCUCAACUUUCCUUACUGUAUGUAACAGCAUGGAAACAACAUGGCUCCUCUGCAUACCGUGAGGAUUGAAUUUGCUUUCCACAUCUUUACAUUCUUGCUCUAUAAACUAAAAAGCGCGAACAUUUUAAAUAAUGUUCAGGUUGUAAUUUGCCAAUUCCUAAACUGCACUGUAUGCAUGAGAUACCAAAUCAUAUGUGUUGGAAACAGUGUUUUUGGGAUACCCGCCUUCACUCUUGGUGUUUAUUUCCCAGUUUGGUUUUGAGAUAAGAAGAGGUGGUGAACUUCAUUAAAGGUAAACUGUAGUCACUAUUCCUCCAUUCUGUUUUAAACCAUUUUAGAGCAGGGUAACACUAAAUAGGGAUCCCUGGCUACCCAGAAUCCGGCCCCUUCUUGAGGUGCCACUAACAAAGGUUAUACACUUCCUUGUAGUGGUACCCUUUAUACUGUCAGUUGGACCUCUGAUAGGCUAAAAUCAGUCAGUUGACACUUUCAGCCAAUCACAGCUGCCCAUUGCUGCUCAGGUAUGGGCUGCCGGGGUCUCUCAUUUAGCAUUAAAACAUAAAAACAUAAACUGUUUAAUGCUGAAUUCAAUCAUGACAACAGGGAAUUCUAGACAAUAUAACCAGUUUGAGCUGAAGCAAAUAACAUGACUAAAGUGUCCCUUUAAUUACAUCAUCCAGGAGUUUUUCUUAUUUGAUCACUGGGCUUUCAUACUUUUCAAACUAUCAGAUCCCUUUACAUGAGGUUAGAGCAAGGCUUCACAAAUCCCAGGUUGCCAUGGGGACUAGAAUGUCAGCCCUUUAAGGCAGUCACCUGCGGAGACAUGGGAGUGGGGGCAUUGUAGGCGGUGAGCGAGGGAGCAGUAAUCCAACUGCAGCUCUUCUUUGCUCUCUUGUGCGCUGUUUAAUGAUGCCAGGAGCCGGAAUAUGACAUCACUCUGGCCCCGGCAUCAUUACAGAGAGCGAGAAGGGGCAGAGAGAUGCUGCAGUUAGAUUACUGCUCCCUCGCAUGCAGGAAGAGAAUGCAGCCCCACUGGACCCCAGGGAAAGAUCUCCUUAGCUCUCCCAAAGGUAGGGAGGCUGAGUGGAUAUGAAUUAAAAUAAAAAUCUCAGUUUGUGUCUCUGUCAGUGUGUGUCUCUGUCAGUGUGUGUCUCUGUCAGUGUGUGUCUCUGUCAGUGUGUGUCUCUGUCAGUGUGUGUCUCUGUCAGUGUGUGUCUCUGUCAGUUAAGGUAGCUGUCCCCUCCAAUGGCAUGAGAAAAGUGUUUUUACUCACCUUUUUUCCCACUCCCACUGAAAAAGCAAUGUUUACAUUGAAAGGUCUGCAGGUACAGGCUAUAGAUACCAGAACAAUUUUAUUAACCUGUAGUGGUUCUGGUGUCUAUAGUGUCACUUAAGAAUUGCAAUUUUCUCUGUGAAAAUUAAACUUAAAAUUAGUUUACAAAAAAAACUGGUUCCUAAUUUUUUUUUUUUUUUUUUUAGCUGACUCCUAGAUUCUAAACAAAUUUUUAAAGCCCUGCUGGGUUAGCGUAAACUUGUUUUUGUGGUAGCUUUGUUAGCUUCUGGGUGCGGAAAUGUGGAAAACCACACAGGAAAAAUUAGCAACAUCUUAUAGGAAUGUGUAGAUUGUCCGACUCCUUUGGUCCAUAACACUACCAACUAAAUUCAAAUUAUAUGUAACCUUUAGAAAGCUGGUCCUCCAACUCUUUUAAUUUCCCCUCCUUCCCCAAUUAUGCACUCACUAAGGAUGUCUCUAUUGUAUUGGGGAAGGCACAUCAACUCCAUGGAAACCAAUGAAAACUGAAAUGUUAUGUUAAAGGAACUCUCCAGUGCCAGGAAAACAAACCUGUUUUCCUGGCACUGCAGAAUUCUGCAGUGCCCUCCCACCCCCCAUACCAUGUCACUGAAGGGGUUAAAACACCUCCAGCUGCUUACCUGAAUCCAGCGCCAAUGUCCUUCGGCGCUGGGUCAGGCUCUGAGCCGGUGGGGGAAACCUAAUAAGCAUGCGUGGCAAUGGUCGCGCGCAUUAGACCUCCCCAUAGGAAAGCAUUAUUCAAUGCUUUCCUAUGGGGAAAAUCUGACGCUGGAGGUCCAUGGAUGUCCAGCGUCAGAUAACCGACCAAAGGUCGGUUUGGAUUCCAGAAGCCCUCUAGUGGCUGUCUGUUAGACAGCCACAGAAGGCAGACUUAGGGCUGCAGUGCUCUCUGGAACUGCAAUAUUUUACAUUGCAGCACUAACUGCAAUAGGGGCACAGCACCCAGUCUACUUAAAUUAGCUGAAGUGGUAUGGGUGCCUGGAGUGUCCCUUUAAGAACCAUUGUAUUUAAUCCUCCUGUAUUGCAUUUGGAAUACAUAUUUUUGUUCUUAAAGCACCUGCAUAGUAUUAUAUGGGUAUAUGCGCAUACCAUGAUUUUGUUCAAAAUGUUUUGUGAUAUAAUUUCUAGAAAGCUCUCUCAAAUUGACUAAUGGAGUCCUGUAAAUGGGUUUGGUGUUUCAUUGUCAAGACUGAAAAAUUAAGAUUUAGUCGCCAGAAUAAACGUUACUGGGAGGAUGUUUCCAGUCAUGAGCAUUGUUUUUCAGCAGUAGCAGUUCCCCGGGGGUUUUCGUCUGUAAUGUAAUAAUAUGUGAAAAGUAAGAGGUGCGUGACUGGAAUUAUUAUGCUUAAUCACAAGCUUCCUGGCACUUUCUCCAUACUUUUAUUGUAUAAAACAAUCUAUGUGAUUUCUGCCAAUUAAUACACUGUGAAGAGCUUGGUUAAUGGGUCACUGCUUUGAAAAAAAAAAAAAAAAGGAAGUAACUCACAAGGCGUUCUUCAGUUCAAGCACCAUGUGAAUGUCCCUAUUUGGCCGGUGUGUUAAUUGUUUAAUUUUGUAGCCCUUCUGCUCUGCCCAUGCUGCUAACACUUCAACAAUGAGCAGAUUGAAUCAUUUUCGUUUUUAGAACUGCAAAAUUCUCCUUUAUCUCUCACACAAUUAAUGUUCCAAUAUUACUUUAUAAAUGUUAUUGAAUUUAUAUAACUGUAUAAGUUCAUUAAAAACAAAUAUAUUAAUGCAAGCAUAUUGAAUUUUUUUGUUUUGUUUACAGAACUUGGAAUCUAGUAGAGGGUCGUUCAGCUUUUAUUAAAAAUAUCAAACAAAGUAAGUAGUUAAAUUUUUUCAAAUUCUCUAUUUUAGUAUUUUAGAUUUUUUUGUUUUCUUUUUUUAUGAAUACAUUUUUAAAUCUCACUUAUUUUUUUCUUCGCAUUAGUCACAAACAAAUUUAAUGGUGUCCUCUUAAUGUCAAAGUGUUAAUUUCCAUGGUUGGUAGUUAACUUCGUCCUUGGACCCCAUUUUUAAUCCUAAUUACCAGAUCAACAAAUUAGCAUUAAAAUUUGCAUGCAUUUAAUCAUGCAUUUUCAUUGGGUUAUAUCUAAAAACAGUUUGCAAAUCCUGCAGUUUUAUUUUCUGCUCCCUUCAUGCUACCCAAGAACCCCACCUUAAUUCCUGCACGGCUAAAGAGGAAUUUACUCUCCCACUUCAUAAAUACAAAUGUCGUUCUUAUUUGGAUGGCAGCCAUAGGCUGAUGUCAGAUGAUUCAGCUUGUCUCUUCAAUUUAAAUAUGGAUAAAAUGUUGUACUGUUAAACAUUACAAACCAUAGGAAUGUAUUUCUGUAAAUUUAAUCUGGCAAUGAUUGAUAUAUUUUCGUGUUGCUCCUUAUAGAUGCACAUAUAGUCCAGUGGUCUCCCAAUGGAGAGAAAUAUGCAGUGGUAAUUCAUGAUAAAGCAGAUGUGUAUAAACUGGAAAAUGCCUCGAUUAUUGGCACUAUACAUAAUCCCAAAAGGAUCUCUUCAAUACAAUUCAUUACAGUAAGACACUCUCUAUAUUUACUAAGUCAUUGUUAUGUUUGACCGUAACUGCAGAUACCAACAUUUGGAUUCUAAUGUGUAUGGAUUCAUACAGGGAUAGUAUGAAACUUGAAAAGUAUGCAAUGCACAAUGGAGCACAAUUCUUCAUUAUUGUAACUAGGAUAGCAAAGUUGAGUUUUUUUUUUUUUUUUUUUUGAAUGGUGUAACUUCCGGAUUAGUGACUGAUAACGUUUUAAAGUGACACCUUUUAUAUUGACUCAGAACACACCAUAACUACCUGUGAUCUUUGCAGAGGUUAUAGUGCAAAGAGGUCCAUCUCACUUCAGUGUCCAUUCUUAAAAAAUAAAUUUUCAUAUAAGGGCAGCAAUUUGAAAGAAUUAUUACAGCUAUAACCCUCCUCCCCCACUUUAGAGUAAUCAUGUGGAGCGUAUUUGCUGGAAAGAUAAAUGCUGUACAACUUCCCGCCUACACUACUGAGCUACUUCACAGUUUACGUGGAAUAAACUGGAACCAUAGCUGUGCAGUCCAUUCACAAACAUGAAUUGAAUUCUCGGUUAACAGGUGCCAGCUGAUAUCCGCUUAAGCAGCAGUUCCAUUUAUCCUAUUUGGAUAAAUGGAACUGCUACCAAGUACUUUACAAGUUCAUGUCACAUAAUCCUUCACCAGUCAGUUUUUAUACAUGCUCUGGUUUUAUUAAAAUCACUAGACCUAUUCAUAUUGGCAGAACUGUUCUAUAGGAAAGCAUUGGAGGGCUAUCGUGCAUGCGCAGGAAAAUGCAGUGCUGCGCCAAUCAGCAGCUCAUCAUAGAGAUGCUUCAAAUCAGUGCAUCUCUAUAGGGAGAGUUCAACGCCUCCAUUCAUGUCGUUAAGAGGCUGAAUGUCCGUGCUGCACGUCGUGUGUGACUGCCACUAGAGGCGUUAAGAGGCAGUAAUGUAAUGUUCUAUGAAAAGGCAGUGUUUACAUUAAAAUACAGUGACAUGCUAUACUCACCAGAGCAACCAUAUUCAGCUGUAGUUGUUCUGGUGACUAUAGUAUCCUUUAACCCCUUAAGGACACGUGACAUGUCAUGAUUCCUUUUUAUUCCAGAAGUUUGGUCCUUAAGGGGUUAAAGGUAAAGUUGUUUUGCGCUUAGGGUAUGCCUUUAAAAAUUGUAGUAUGAUAGAAUGGACCUUUAUCUGUUCUUAACAGGUUAAUAAUCUUAAAUCUCUGGUUGGAUCCAUUAUAGGUUUACUUUAUUUUUACGUAUAAUUACUUUAGGAUGCUAUGUCAACUAUUUAAUAUGCAGUUUUGAAAUCACAUUUUCUUUUGCUUAACAUCAUUUUACUCCAUCUUGGUGAUCUGCAAAAGAAAUUGUCAGGCAAAAUUUAUAGACAACUACAGGUUUAAUACUUUCCCUUCUCUUACCUGGUCACAUUUUAUAUAAUAUAUGUUUAUGUGAAUCAACAGGAUACAAUUCUAGCUGUAGCUGGAGAUGAAGAAGAGAUCAGACUGUACAACACUGACUCACAGAAAUGCAUUUGUGAGUUCAAAGCUCAUGAAAACAGGUAACAUUGGUUGAUACUAGAUUUUUUUUUUGUUUGUUUUGUUAUGUUCUUGGGUGAACCCCAGAUUUAAUUUUACUUCUAAUGUUGUGUAUGUGUGUGUGUGUAUAUAUAUAUAUAUAUAUAUAUAUAUAUAUAUAUAUAUAUAUAUAUCUCUAUAUCUAACUGUGAACUGUAUCUUAUGGGAAAAUAGUGCUACUAAUGGUUUCUGCAGAGAUAAACCAAGGCCAAAGUUAAUGGAUUACUCAUGAACCCAUAGAUGGCUUUAUACUCCCCUAAUGUUUGCCAUUGUGUUACACGGGUUCAUUGCAUUUAUGGUUAUGGCAAGAUUUCUGUCAACUGGAAUGGCCUGGCAGACUGGAGGAUGGCCCUCUUCUGAGCAUUAAUUAAUCAGUUACCAACUUGUUGGCAACAUGCCUCCCCAGACCUUCUCCUGGCAUGUCCGUAAUGGCAGAGUCUAAUGUAUUAGUAGUGGUAGUCGCAAAAAGAUGGCCAGGACCGUGCCUCCCACCAUUCAGGCAGGGUGGAAGGUGUAUAAGUAGCAUCAUGCAUCACUGCUCGUGUUGUGUAGUUUGUUACGUAAUAUGCAAUGAUUAGAAAUGUCUGCUGAAUGAACAGGUAGAUUGUGUUAUAAAAUGUUUGUUAAUAUUUUUCAUAUAUACCUGGUUUAUGUUGUGGAAAGCAAUGUGUAAUUUUAUUUAUAAAUUAUUUUUUUGCCUGCUUCUUGUAGUAUUUGAUAAAAUAGUUUGUUAUUGUGACAUUCCUGGCAUGUCAUUGCCUGCAGGGGUUCAGGGUGUGUAGUAAAUAUAUGAAAUAAACAUUUAGGUCAGUUGUGCUUAAGAAAAAAAAUGGUAGUUUGGGCACAUUUCAUAUGCCAACAUAAAAUAUAGAGCAUCAAAUGGGUCCUGUUCAUAGCUGUGCUAAGAUGUUCUAAACCAAAUUGAAAUUGUAACCGGAUUUAUUUCUAGUGAGUUUCUAAUCUAUUUUGACAUGUGGCCAUCCACUUACCCUUUGCUUUCUGUAGAUAUAAUGGAGGUCUUUAUCAAGUUUAUGCCUUCCAUUAACUUAUUAAAUAGGCUUAUUUUUAGCAUUUAAUUUUUUUAUAUCCCAAGGGAGUUUGUUGACUGCUGGGAACAAACUCAAUUACAACUAAUCUUUAAAUCAAAAGCAGAAGUUUUAUUUAAAAGGCACAAGUUAUUUUUAACAUUCCCUGGGAAUUUUGAGAAGUCCUCUUGAACUUUAUAACAUAGUAAACUUUUAUCUCCCAUGACUGACUGCUCAAAGCUGAAAUUACACAGGGAAUCUGUUUGGGGGGUUAAAUACUCCCUGCUCAGUCUUCCAGUCUGUAAAGAAUAUCUUAAAGAGACACACUAAGACCCAAUAAGAAUGUUACUCAUUGCCCGUUCUAUGCCUGAUAUAAGAAGUCUACCCAUCCAGAUAUGUGUGUGUGCGUGCAUGCAGGGCAGGCACAUGUCUUUCAAGCCCUUCUCUCAUUGAGUUUUAACUUUCCCUUUAGCACAGAAUCCAUUCAGAUUGUGCAUCUUUAUACAGUUAUGUACUUCCCAAUCCAAGAGUGAGAACAUUCGUGGCUGGUUGUUAAUGAGAACAAUGAGCAAAGCUGCACGGGGCUGUUAAGUCUGAUAACAGCUUCAGUAUAGCUGCGAUCUGCUUAUUGAGCACUUCCUAUUUUUUGAUCUAAUGAGUGAAACUGAAUUUGGGGCUGAACUUCAUAUGUCAUAAUAUCUGGAUUGAUUGGUAUUCAUAGGGUAAGGUCAGACUACACAGACUAGCAUUAGAGCCUCUUGAUAGAUGAUCUUCUGUUCUUGCUCUGGGAGGGUUUGUCUGCUGCUGAAGCUUGCCAUGCCAGUGCAGCAGCUUUAGACGCUUUAAUCGUGAGUGUAGUUGUGUUUUAUUUUAAAUCUUCUUGAUGUGUUAUAUAAUUAAUGCAUUAAGUGUAACAACCCUGGAAUAACUAUUUAACUAGAUGUUUUAUGCCAGGCUGACCUUAACAUUGCUCAACUGUUCCUUGAUUUAACAGUUAUAGCAGUUCUGUAAACUUUCUUUUUUUUAUUCUUUUACCUACAAAAGAAGCAAAAAUUUGGUUGUAACUGAAGAGGUAAUAGACACAGCAAAGUUUCUAUAGGAGACCACAUUUUAUUUAUUUUUACUGCUGCAGUAGUGAUUUUGCUGGCUAAGUGACACGCAAAUACAUACAGUGGUCCUUGACUAGUACUGCAUGUGUCUUAUCCCUCCCAACAGUCCAACAUCCUGCAGGACAGACCUAAUUUGGGACCUGUCCCCUGCCGUCCCAGUAUUUUCAUUUUUUCUCUUCUCCUGCACCAGGGAACACUAGACAUGGUCUGUAGGGAGCUUACUUCCAGUAUGUGACUAAACACUGUAGCUGAGUUCUGUUGCCAGGCAGUUGGCACAUGAGCUCAGUGCCUGGGAGUGUUGGGUGACACACCCUGAUUGAACAUGCAUCCAGCUGUUUUGUCACUGACACUCAUUUUGGCAUUGGCAUAACUUUCCUUCCCACUUUUAUAGCUCCUCUUUCAGGAAGCAUGCUUUAUAACAUCAAACCCACCCUUUAAUUGCUAGAAUUUCAUUUUUUAUUUUUUUAUUAUUUUUUAUUUAUUUAUUUUUUUAUCAACUUUAUUGCCUUUCUUUCAUUCACACUCCUGAUUAGUUCUGUUCAGGCUUUCCUUAUGGUGGUCAGAGCAAAGGACAGAUUACACGGCUUUGCAUUUGGUAGCUACAACAUACAUACGUUCACUAUUCUGACCAAGACCACAAAUCGAACACAAAACACUAUAUUUCAUUGAAGUAGUCUGGGUGCAGUGCCCCUGUCCCUAACAUUGCAGGGUUGAAACUGCUUCUAGUGUGAACGAUUUUAGAGCUAGGGAGAUGAGCAAUAUAGUCUUGGGAAUACAGCCUAGUUAUUAACCCUUUAGUGCUCCUUAAAGUGUGGGGGGAAGAUGCACAUGAUUGUUAAAUGUAUAAUACGAUUAGGAUCUGAAUUCUUUUUGGUAGUUAACGCUAACCCAUUAUCAACCCCCCCCCACACUAUACCAACCUUACCCCUUACUCUUUGCUACAACUAGCUCUAACCAUACACUAACCUUAACCCUACACUAACCCUAAACCUACCACUACUCCUAACCCCAAAGGAAACAAUCUGCUAUCAGGUUUCCUAGUUUAAACAGUAGAAUGGUAUGUUGCUGCUAACAUCUGUCUUUUUUUUCAAUAUUACAGAACAUUUUUCACACUGUGAUAGGUGCUGGGCAGCUGGCAAAGCCUAGCAGUGAUCACAAUCAACUUGGGGACAUGCAGGGAUUCCCAGUCAGGGUCUGUUCAGAUUCUCCUUCAGCAUCCUGCAUCCCUAGAAUCAAAGUUGCUGAGUGCGAUUGCUCAGCCGUGGUAUUCUGAAUGAAUGGAUUUAUCUGGCUGUUUGCAGAGCUAACUUUAAAUGCUUCAUACAGCUCGUGCGUUAGUCUGGGGUCACUGAAAAUGGCAACGACGAGCCCCAGGUAUCCAUUAAUACCUGGGCCUCCUUGUUGUGAACAGGGAUUUAACCCUGUUUACACUGAAUUGCAGGAUUUACCCUCUACAUACAACUAAUCUUACAUAAAAAAUUGCCCUAGCUGACAGAAGGAAUCCCCAGAUAUCUUAGAAUACCCGAAGCUCCCUGAUGUUAGCUGGGAUUUAACCCUGCUCACACCAAAACAUUAGGACUUUUCAAUACACCCCAGUGGCAAAGCCCAGUGUACCUACUGACCCAUCCCAAUGUUGUUUGUAUUAAACUUAAAGACAAAAUAUUGAGGGGUUUAUAAAUGUCUCCAGUGCCCAGAGAUGUUUAGAUUCCAUUAAAUUUUAGGUUAAUGUAAGUGUGAUGAUUUAACUGAAAGGGCAGCACUGGGACAAUGUCCUGCAUACCCAGCAGGUUUUACAUUUUUCAUCUAUUUUUAAAAAAAUAUAUAACCAUGGUUCAGAAUAAAUGGUUGCUGUUUCUGUAACUUGCCUUUAAAACAAUAGUGUGAUUUGGUUUUUUUUUUUGAAUUUUUUAUUUUUGUUGGAAAAAAACAGAACCAUUUUUUACCGGGCUUGGAGUAGCAGAAUGUCAGUGAUAAACAAUACAAUCUCAAGUUCUUUAUAAAUAUUAUUGUAGUUGGCUAGUUCUUCAAAAAAAACCUGCUGGGAUGGUUUUGCAUUCAGAGUUGAACCCAUGUAGAUUCACAAACCUCUAAAAUACUUGUUUUAUUGUAAUUUCAGGAUAACUUUGACAAUUGUACAGGAAACGGCUUUGGCAAUGUGGUCUAUUGUCUAAAAUCUGUAACUCCAUCAUGCCUGGACUGCCAUUCAUGGCAAUCAAAUGGCACAUGUAUUAACUGUUGGUAAAUGAUUAUUCUUUUCUCUUUUUAUUACUCACACAUAUAAUGAAAAUGUUCCACUUUUCUGUGUGAACCAUGAAUGUAAAUAUGGACUGCAUUGCUCCUUGCAGGGAAUCAUGGAAGCCGGCACCACAUAGCACAUGAAGCAGGGUUAAAAAGUAUUACUAUAGUGUUGGGAAUAUAAAACACUAUAAUGUCCCUCCGUCCCCUUGUUGCUGAAAGGGAUAAAAAUCUGUGUUUUCUUAUGGGGAUUUUCAAGAUGCUGGAUGUCCUCAUAAUAAGAGAGCCUGAGGAUGUCCAGCACCGUUAAACUCUGUGAAACAGCAGAAAGCACCUCUAGUGGCUGUCUAGGACACUGCAACCAGACCACUUCAAUGAGAUGUAGGGUUCUGUGUGCCUAUAGUGUCCCUUUAAGUGCCUAAUAGUUUAUCCAUUGUGGAUCUCUCUCUGUUAAUUCCUCAGUAGCAUGUACAGAGGUGAGUAAUAGAGGAAUGGUUGUUAACAUAAACAAAGCCACAAUGGAAGAUCCAGUUGAUGGAUGAAUGAAUAAAUGUAUUUCUUACCCACACUGUGUGUCUGAACUUUAUCUAUUGGGAGGAGGCUGAAAGUUCCAGGCAAUCCAAAUAUGUUUGCAUUCAACAAACUCCUCUCACAGUAUAUGACUCUUCAAAUGAUAAAAUGUAAAGGUUAUAACUUUGAUAUGGUCUUCAAACUAUAAAGAACAGAGAACCCCAGGGUCUGAGCUGAAGAGGAGACACCAGUCUCUUUGGGGGAAACCCAGGGUCUAAACAGACACUGACUGGGUCUCCCUGGCUGUGACCACUGCUGGCCUUUACCAACUGCCCAGCACCAAUCAUUGUGAUUUGGCUUGGGAAGCAUGCUUGAUUCACUAUGUCAGGAAAAUGUUCCUGUAAUACUAUGUCAGGAAAAAGCCAGUAGUUUGCAGCAACAUUACCACUCUCUACUGUUUAAAUUAGUAAACCAAAUCUGUAGAUGAACCUUUUGAAAUCAGUCCUACAUCCCUAAUCUUUACCCUCAAGAUAAGCUGUGAAUGACCAAUUGCUAAACCACUAAAACAAAGCUCCAAAACAGGGCUGUAGAUGACUAACUUAUCACAAAUAUAAAAUAUUUCCCGAACAGUCCUGGCCCCUAGUAUACAUCCAGAAACAAAUCUGAGAAUUACAAGAUCUUACACCCCCUUAGUCCUCAACCAUACUCUUCCAGACAUAUCACAAUAUGACUCCCAAAUGAUUCAGAGGAGGCAACUAAUUACCUAAAAAUAGUAUUUGUAUUAUGAAUAAAUUUUUUUUUUUUUUAUUGGUUGUCAAGUAAGACCGCAAAUACAACAUUUGUGGACAUGCAGGUCCAAAUCGGCAACCGUUCGUGGGUCGCACAGGACCGUCAUAAUGAACUUGUAAGGACGCGCAGGUCCAUUGCAAUCAAUUAAAUAAUUUCUAGUAUAAUGUAACUCUGGUUAAGACACCUGUUCCAUCUACUCAUGUUUCAGUAGCAAAGUAGUACUGGUUAGAGAUUAGCUUAGGCAGUUUGAGGGCUCCUUUCCCUCGCCAGUUUGUUCUGGCUAGCAAGGAGCAGUACUCCAUAACCCCCCUGCACCUGCCCCCACCCCGUCCAAGAAUUGGGCUGUGGUCGUCUGCAACACAGGUUAGGGGUCCAUGGGUCAGAGGCAAGGGGGAUCAAGGUCCCUAGAACUCUAUUAGACCGUUCUUGUUGCUCACGGCUGGCAACCAGAGACCCCAUUACGCAGUGACACCCAUCUCCCCCCUCCUUUCGCUCAUUACUCUCCUUGGGUCUCAUAUGUCAUCAACCUCUGUAAGUCAGAAAUGUAGGCAGUCGUCAGCCAGUGUGUCCAAACAUCUGCGUACAAUUGGGAGCGGUCCUGUGCUGUGGAAAUUAAUUCUUCUAAUCGUCUUAAGCCUUCCAUUCUAGUAAACCAGACAGUAGGGGGUGGUGGAAUGUCCAAUUUCCAAAACAGUGGGAUGACCUGUUUUGCCGUAUUUAAGAUUUGAGUCGCCAGGGAUUUCUUAUAUUUAGCGGUCGGCAAAAAGGUGUGGUGUAGGAGAAAUAGGGCGGGCUGGAAGGGAGGGGGGUUGUCAGAAAACUUCCAUGGGAUGGCGUUGAUUGCCUUCCAGAAAGGUUUGACCCUUGGGCAUUCCCACCAGAUGUGGAGGAACAAUCCUGUGGCCGCAUGGCAGUGCCAACAGUCCCCAUCUAGGGACGGGUUCAUUUUCUGGAGGGCCUGCGGGUUUCGAUAUCACAUAGAUAAUACUUUAAAUGUGGUUUCCUGGGUUUUUACUAGCUAGGGCGCAAUGCUGUACUAGAUCACAUAUCUUCCCCCACUGCUAUGAUGUAAAACUCUCUCUCCAAUUGUCAUUUUCCCCAUGUAUGAUGGUGCUGGGAGAUUUAAGUUGUGUUGUAAUGAGUAUAGGAGGGAGAUUUCGUAAAAAUAGUAUUUUAUCAGAGACACUGCUGACAUAGAACUACAACUCUGCAGAGUAAUACCAACCAUUAGUUUCCUGCUCUGCUAGUCUUUGCAAUAGUGUUUGGCACCAUUGCCGUUUUGGCUGCUCUCCACAACCACUCACAAGGUUUUUGACAUGAUGCAAUAUGUAGCCAUCGUAUGGCGUCCAUGGCAACAGACAACUGGGAAUGCCCUUUUUCAUUCGGUGCGUGACACCACAUGAGAAAACAUGUUUCCCUUGGAGCUGUGCAGCCAAAAGCAUUUAAAGUUGAUUCUGUUUAAUGGAUAUCAAGUUCUGAAACCAUGAUUGUAGAGAGGUCCUCAACGUUAUACUAAUAAAAGAUACAGUAUUAAAGUAUAUUCCAGGCUAGUAUUUUAUGCAGCUUAGGCACAUUAUACACCCAAAUGUCUCAAAUAUGUGACAUGUCUUUAUAUUUUGUUCUUUAUUAAAUACAUCUAACUGCAUACAUAUUAAAAUGACUAGUGAAUUACUUGCUGUGUUUUGCACAUUGCCUUUUUAUAUCCAUAUAAAACCAAUGUCCUUUUUAUAUAUUUUUAUUAUAUCAGGGUAAAGAAUCUCCAUACUUUUCAAUUUGAAGGCUCUACAAUCAUUGUGUCGUCAUCAAGCGAUGGUUAUGUAAAGAUGUGGAAAAUUGACAGCGAAAAUGUAUGUACGAGUCUGCAGAUUGUGAAAAAAAUCGAAACGUUGAACCUUGCAUAAUAUACAUUUGUUUGGAAAGGUGUUCUUAAUAAGUUGAAAUACAGUCAUGGGAAAAAGAAAGUACACCCUAUUUGAAUUCUAUGGUUUUGCACAUCAGGAUAUAACAAUCUGUCCCUUAGCAGGUCUUAGAAUUGGGUAAAUAACACCUCAGAUGAGCAACCACACAUGCCAUAUUACACCAGUUCAUGAGUUAACAAAAUAUUAAGCCUUGAGACGCUGAACGUUCAUCUGAGUGGCUACCACUGGAGGUGUGCCUAGGGAACAAUAUAAACUCUGGCUUUUCUCUGAAAAAGUUUUUAUGUUAAAAAUCCUGCAGGGACUGACUAUACUCACCAGCACAGCUACAUUAGGCUGUAGUUGAAUAUAGUGUCCCUUUAAUGAUUUGCUUUAUAAAUACCUUAAUUAAAGGAACACUAUAGGUUCAGGAACAAAAACAUGUAUUCCUGACCCUAUAGUGUUAAAAACACUAGCACCCAUAAAUAUAGUAAAAUAUUACCUUUAUUCCAGUCUGCUAGUGCUGACUCUGUCCCGAUCUGCCUCACUGGCUGACAUCAGAAGUAAGGCAGGGUGGGGGGUGGAGUCAUAUGCUGCCCUGGCCAAUCAGCAUCACCUCAUAGAAAUGCAUUGAAUCAAUGCAUCUCUAUUAGGGAAAGUUCAGUGUCUCCUUGCAGAGGAUGACCUCGGAAGCACCUCUAGCAGCCAUAUGAGGAGUGGUCACUGGAGAUGUCCCUAGGCUGUAAUGUAAACACUGCCUUUUUUCUAAAAAUAAACAACUGUGUUUACAGCAAAAAACCUGCAGGGACGGACUAUACUCCCCAGAAAAACUACAUUAAAGGGAAACUCCAGUGCCAGGAAAACAAUCCGUUUUCCUGGCGCUGCAGGUCCCCUCUCCUUCCCACCCCCCAAUCCCGGUUGCUGAAGGGGUGAAAACCCCUUCAGUGACUUACCAGAGGCAGCGACAUGUCCCACGUCGCUGCUGCUUCCGCCGCCGCUCCUCCUCUGCAUUACGUUGGUUGGUGGGCGUGACUGAUCCCGCCCACCGGCCAGGGAGACCUAAUGCGCAUGUGCGGCAAUGCCGCGCAUUCGCAUUAGUGCUCCCCAUAGGAAACCAUUGAAAAUGCUAUGGGGAAAUGAGCGAUGCUGGAGGUCCUCACACAGCGUGAGGAUGUCCAGCGACGCUCUAGCACAGGUUUCCUGUGCUAGGGACACGGAAGUGCCCUCUAGGGGAGGACUUAACCCUGCAAUGUAAUUAUUGCAGUUAAGAAAAAAAACUGCAAUAAUUACACUUGCAGAGUUAAGAGUAGUGGGAGUUACCACCCAGACCACUCCAAUGGGCAGAAGUGGUAUGGGUGCCUGUAGUGUCCCUUUAGUCUGUAGUUCUGGUGACUAUAGUCUCCCUUUUCAACCAAAAAAAAAAAGUCCAAGGAUGCAUUCAGCAAAGGGAUGUUCGCCUGGGACCUGAUAACAUUUCAGAAUGAAAUAUUGUCACAAAUUAUGAAAAAUGUAAGAAGCCAGUUUUGCUAAUUUCCCCCCCCCUGUAAAUAUUAGCAUGAUAUAUGGAUUCCUGAUGUCUCCAACUGAUGACUUAACAACAAGGUUAACAGAUGUUUUGUCAUUUAAAAUGUUUGUUAAACAGAUGUCAUUGCUUAGGAAAAUGAUCCAUCAGCAUUGACAGAAGUGAUUGGGGUGUGUCAUAAAAAAGCAAACAAAAAAAUAAAACCAUAAACAAAUUGACAUAGGAUCAUAUUACAGAACUGUAGGGAGAUAGUUGGAUAUUUGGUAAAUUAUAGAAUUAUUCAACGUUCCCAAUGUUUGUCUUUUCACACAGACUUAAAAAAUGUAUAUUUGUAUAGUAUCACAUGCUAUAGAGCAGGGGUUCUCAAUGUUAGUCCUCAGGACCCCCUACCAGUCCAGGGUUUAGGGAUUACCUGGGUGUGUCUAAGGUGUUUAGAAAAAAAAACACACCUUAGAGUCUAAGGUGUUUUUUUCCCUUUUUCUAAACACCUGAGACACCCAGGUAAUCCCCAAAUCCUGGAUUGGUAGGGGGUCCUGAGGACUGGGUUGAGAACCCCUGCUAUAGAGGGAUGGUCAAUUGUUUAAUGUAUUUGUAUGUUUAUUUUUAGUUGCAGAAUGCUCCAUCCUUGCUUUGCAAAGUCAGUACAUCAGCGAGACUUACAUGUGUUUCAGUGUGGCAAUCUGGAGUAGAGGAUAAGGAAAAAUCCACUGAAGAUGCCGCUCCUGGUAAGAAUUUUUGUGUCUAUAUUUUGUGAUUUUUCAUUUGUUUUGGCGGUGACUAUUUAAUUGAAAAGGGAGGGAAGUGGGAUAUGACUACUUCUACAGCCAGUAAGCCGUGGUUCUUACAUCAAAGUAUUGCAGUUCUUGGGGACCCCUUGUAGCUGUACCAUUUAUGUCUGCAUCUUUCCAUUACCCACACUAUGUACAGAGUUGGGGAGGUUAGUAUGUUUAAUGUGAUGGCCCAAGGAUGCUACAGAAGUUUUUUUUAUUAAUACAUAUUUGGAUCUUUUCUUUUUCUUUUUCGCGGUUUACAGAUUGCUGGAUUUCUAGUUCUGUAUGUUGUGCCAGGUAGUAGUUCUUGAAUCACUGUGUAAAUAUGAUUUAGUUAACUUUGAGUAUUUAAGACAGCUGGAGGUAUCUGGUUCCUAAGCUUUAUAACAUACUAGUCUGGAAUAUACUUUAAAGCGGCAAUGUUAUCGUUUUAAAAUAUAUGCUGAUUCCAAUUAUUCAAUUGCAUUUCCAGACCAACAUUCUCAGACUGCGAAGAAGAAACCCAAAUCAAAGAGAGACACAACUGAGGAUACAGAAGAAACAGAAACCCCAGUUGUCCAAAAAAAACGGAAACUUGAAAAUAAACAAAAGAAGAAAAAGGGACAACAAAGUAAUGCAUGA